UUUUUGAAUACCCCAAAAAAGAAUAAAAGUGAAAUCAGUGAAAUAUGGCGAUAGUGGAGAAAUUGGGAGAAUAUAAUGUUCUUCCUUUAUUGUAUGACGAAUCUGCUGAUGAAUCAACUUCACAUAGCUUGUUUCUCAAGAAAUAUCGAUCUGAUAAGAAGUCGAUGGAUAAACCUGUUGGAAAAACUUUAACUGUUCUUAAUAUUCCGCCAUACGUGACUGAGGUUAAUCUUGAGCGGAUUUUCAGCACAGUCGGUCCAGUUGAGAAAGUAACACUUAUCGACAGUUAUAGUAAUGAACACCAUUUGAAAUAUCAAGUCCCAUCAGAAUUUUUCAAUCAACGUCAACCAUUUAAAUUCAAAAUUGGUUUUAUUGUGUUUAAAAAAUCUGAUUCUGUCGAAAUUGCGCUUCGUUUGGAAAGUCUUCCACCUUUAAAUAACGAUAAAGAUGUCUUACUGACUGGUGUUGAAAAAUGGACCGAAGAAUAUAACAAACAAAUUGUUGACACAAGUGAAAUGCAAACAGAAAUAGAUUUCUACAUGAAACAUUACGAUAAAGUCAAGAAUUCUGAGACGAUUGAAGAUGAAGGUGACGAUGAAUGGAUAACAGUUGGAAAGAAAGGACAAAAUGCAGGUUUUAAACAAAAAGAAUCUGUCAUCAGUAAACUUGAGCAGAAGAUUCAAAAUCAAAAGAAGCGAGCAAAGAGUUUAAGCAAUUUCUACACAUUCGAAUUACGUGAUUCGAAAAAGCAGCAACUUUUAGAACUUCGUAAGAAACUCGAAGAUGACAAACUUAAAAUCAUGUCAAUAAAACAAAAAAGGAAAUUUAAACCUUAUUAAAUAG